GAAACCCAUCUCCUAAAACCCCUGGCUGGAGCUCCUCUUCUUGCGCUCGACGAUGGAAAUGCAGUCGGUUUGUCUGGGGAUCUCCGCCCCGAAGCCCAAGCUGUUCGAUCACCGCCUUGUCUGUCGCCAUUCUAUUCAUGGGGGCAGCAUAAGGUCGACGGACCGAAGAGCUUGCGUUGAGAGGACACCGACCUCUUUGAUGCCACGAUUGAAGGAGGUUUUGAAGGAUGGCUUGGGCAGGGGAGCUACCCUGUGCGUGAGUAGAGGGCGUGGCGCGGGUUUGGUGGUUUGUCGUGCCGGUGGGGUGGAACCUUUCAGAGGAAAGUCGGGUUCUGUGUCAUUCCAUGGGUUGACUCACCAGCUGGUUGAAGAAGCGAAAUUGGAGUCCGCUCCUUUUGAGAAGGACAAGGGGUCAUAUCUAUGGUUGUUGGCCCCUGCUGCCUUGAUUUCGUCAUUGAUUCUUCCGCAGUUCUUUCUUGGAAAUGCGGUUGAGGCUUACUUGAAGAAUGAAACUCUCGUAGAAAUCGUAACUUCUUUGUCUUUUGAUGCUAUGUUUUACUUCGGUCUUAUGACCUUUCUGCUCGUAACUGAUCGUGUUCAAAGACCAUAUCUCCAAUUUAGUCCAAAGAGGUGGAGUCUCAUUACAGGACUUAGAGGAUACUUAAGUUCUGCUUUCUUCACAAUGGGUUUCAAGGUGGUCAUCCCGGUAUUCACUGUGUACAUAACUUGGCCUGUAGUUGGUCUGCCAUCCCUUAUUGCAGUAGCUCCUUUUCUCAUUGGAUGCCUUGCUCAACUUAUUUUUGAGAAGAGUCUUGAGAAGAGUGGGUCAUCAUGUUGGCCCCUGGUCCCUAUACUUUUUGAGGUGUAUAGAUUUUAUCAGCUAACGAAAGCUGCUCAUUACAUUGAGCGGCUAAUGUUUGCGAUGAAAGAUCUUCCCACAUCUCCAGAAGUGCUUGACAGAAGUGGUGCCCUGGUUGCCACAAUUGUGAGUUUCCAAAUCCUUGGUUUGUUGUGCCUUUGGUCCCUGAUUACAUUUCUUCUGAGGCUUUUUCCUUCUAGACCUGUAUCAGAGAACUAUUAGUUUUUCUUGGGAUGCUGUAUAUAUUUUGUCAUGUUCUUGAACCAUUGGCAACAUAAAUAACUUUUGACUUUCCAUGUUUUGUUACUCUUAUGUACUUGGUGGAAUACAUGAGUAGGGUAGUCUCAGAGUUCACACAA